UUAAAAUCCAAAAAUAUUUUUUAAAAAUGUCUUCAAAAAUUCCAAUGAAUAUAAUUGCUGCUGUGGACGAAAAUUUUGGGAUUGGAAAGAAUAAUUCUUUGCCGUGGAGAUUACCCAAAGAAUAUAAACAUUUUAUUAAUUUAACAACAACAACUAAAAAUCCAAAUAAAAUAAACGCUGUUUUGAUGGGCAGAAAAUGUUGGGAAAGUAUUCCUGAAAAAUAUCGUCCAUUAAAGAAUCGUUUAAAUAUUGUAAUGACUAAAACUUGGGUGAAAAAUGAAUUUUUUGGCGAAAAUUUGAUAUUUAUAAAUAGUUUGGAGUCUUUAAAUUUAAUUUUGGAAUCAAAACCUUAUGAAAAUUUAAUUGAAACAAUUUGGUUUGUUUUUAAAUAA